GACAGCUUCCCGGAAGGAAAGUUGUUGCCAGUCUGUUCUUUGCAAGUUUCUGCAAUAUUUCAGUUGCCCAAAGAAGCCGAGGCUAUCGCAGCAGAGGUUCGUGCGGGAGUGAGCUCAUUUCUCCCCGAUCAGUGCGAUUCUUUUCCGUCUUCACAUCUCCUGGCGUUCAGGUGAAGUCAUUGUGAUCUGCAUUUUCAGGUCCAAGAGGCGAUGGGACACAAGCUUGUUCUGGUGCGGCAGCUGCUGCAGCUGCUGAUGCUUUUGCACUGCAUCGAUGGGAUAAUGGGGAGAAAUAUCGACAGUUACGAGUGUGUGAAUGGUUGCAUAAAAAACAAGCCGGAAGUAUACUUUGACGGUGAUAAAAGCAAGGUUUACUUUCUUGCAAGCAAAGUCAUCCUAAGAAAUCCCGAGUUUGAGUUCAAAGUGCUCCUUAAUAGGACAUUCUACACCAUGACUAUUGACUACACCGCCGCAGGUUCCACUGAUACUUCAAUCUACCGUAGCUGUUCAAAUAUAAGGCAUCUAUCUACUUCAACGUUUGAACUGGGCAACGCCACACAUAGUGUUCGGCUUACUUAUCGCGAAAUGGCUUAUGUUCAAAAAGUAGGAAAAAGUAAUUGGUGCAAGCUGAGAAUACGCAAUGCAGCAGUGCAAACAAUAAUGAAUAAUGGACUUUGCACCAGUUUAGAAAAUUGCCGUCUAACGAGUAGUACCAACCGAACAUUUCAAUAUCAAAUUUUCUUUAAAGAAAAUGAAACCUCUGGAUUUGAUAGCGCAUGGUUGACGAAAUCAAUGUCAAUGGUUGAUAUCCGGCCUAUAACAUUGGAACUGGAUGAAACAGCAAAAGUGCAAUGUGCAAAUCCUUGUGGAAAUAGUCAUGAUGAGGAGGAGUUGUGCAUUCCAUCAGCCACUGCACCUAUUCCCUGGAAAUCAAAGUGCAUUUCGGGAGGGUAUUCCAAUGAAAAGCCCGAACCAGGAGAUUACAUUUACAAGGUCAAGCUGUAUCACAACGGUGGCGUUAGAGCCUCUAUAGUGUUUCGCAAGAUGUUUGAAAAUGAUCAUAGAGAGGUCCAAACAAAUAUGUCAAAAUGUGUCUUAAUCAAUGACAAGUUUCAACGCCUAAAAUUCCAAAGGAAUGUAAUGGGGAAGCGAGAUAUUUACUUCACACCGGAAGAGGCAACCGCUAUCAAGACACACAUGGUGAAUUGCUCUAGCAAGACAGCAGCCUGCUCUUUGAACUGCACAGACGGAUUCUUCAAAGUUCCGAAGGACAUGUAUCUUGAUUCAAAGGCAUUCGUACUUCGACCGAUCCAGUUGAAUGCUUUAUCCCCACAAAUCGGGUUUCAUGCUUCCAACCCGACUGCUAUGCCAAUUAUCCAAGAUCGGCUGGCAGAGCCACAACCUUGGAACUUUGAUUCCCAAAAAAUUCAGUUUUAUCCAAGUACAACCAACACAGGAGCUGCUUAUAUGAUCCUGUCUAACGCUCCUCAACACAUGUAUAACAUAACAAGGUGCUCAAUGAGUGACGAAUCACGUUACGAGUUCUCCAUGAUGUUCCAGUCAAACCGUAUUGAGUUGUUGAAUUUGACUGGCGGUCUAUACGCAUUCAGCCUCAACUACCUUGAUUCCAGUAAUAUAUCCACGCUGUUCCAAGUAGGUGGAAGGUGUGCAAAUGGCAAGUGUGUGCUUGAUUGUCAAUCUGGAAAUGGAAUCGUGAAUAACGCUUUUGCCACAUUUGUGACUGUUGCCUCUACUUCACCAGUGACCAAACAAGAAAACGCCAUUGAUGCGUGCUUGUACGAGCAUGCCACUGUGUGCACACAUGCGAGGGAUGUAUGUCAGGAGAAUCCACCAAACAACUUCUAUACAUGCAAGUGCGCUGUCGAUGGCAUUCUACAAGAUAAUGGCAUCUGCAAAUACUCGUCAACUCUUCCACCGACAACAACACCAGUGCCAACUACCCUGGCACCAACUACCCAGGCACCAACAACAACACCAGUGCCAACCACCCUGGCACCAACUACCCAGGCACCAACUACCCAGGCAACAACCACCCUGGCUUCAACUACCCCGGCAUCAACUACCGUGGCACAGACUAACUUGGCACAGAAUACCAAAACUUCAAAUGUAUCCGGCAGUGAAGCUGCUACAAUUCCUUCAGGAACCCAGCGGCCAAACACUCAGCCAUUGCCAGGUCAAACUGUAGUAACUCUGCAACCAACAAAUGGUGCUAAUGAUACCACAGCAACAGACAUGCCAUCAUCUACUGAGGUGCAAACAAACCCGUCUGGUUGGGUAAACAACAACACCAACACCACCCAAGGUCAACAUGGACACCCAGGCCAAGAUGGUACAGACUCGUCAACUCUUCCACCGACAACAACACCAGUGCCAACUACCCUGGCACCAACUACCCAGGCACCAACAACAACACCAGUGCCAACCACCCUGGCACCAACUACCCAGGCACCAACUACCCAGGCAACAACCACCCUGGCUUCAACUACCCCGGCAUCAACUACCGUGGCACAGACUAACUUGGCACAGAAUACCAAAACUUCAAAUGUAUCCGGCAGUGAAGCUGCUACAAUUCCUUCAGGAACCCAGCGGCCAAACACUCAGCCAUUGCCAGGUCAAACUGUAGUAACUCUGCAACCAACAAAUGGUGCUAAUGAUACCACAGCAACAGACAUGCCAUCAUCUACUGAGGUGCAAACAAACCCGUCUGGUUGGGUAAACAACAACACCAACACCACCCAAGGUCAACAUGGACACCCAGGCCAAGAUGGUACAGACUCGUCAACUCUUCCACCGACAACAACACCAGUGCCAACUACCCUGGCACCAACUACCCAGGCACCAACAACAACACCAGUGCCAACCACCCUGGCACCAACUACCCAGGCACCAACUACCCAGGCAACAACCACCCUGGCUUCAACUACCCCGGCAUCAACUACCGUGGCACAGACUAACUUGGCACAGAAUACCAAAACCUCAAAUGUAUCCGGCAGUGAAGCUGCUACAAUUCCUUCAGGAACCCAGCGGCCAAACACUCAGCCAUUGCCAGGUCAAACUGUAGUAACUCUGCAACCAACAAAUGGUGCUAAUGAUACCACAGCAACAGACAUGCCAUCAUCUACUGAGGUGCAAACAAACCCGUCUGGUUGGGUAAACAACAACACCAACACCACCCAAGGUCAACAUGGACACCCAGGCCAAGAUGGUACAGCUGCUACAAUUCCUUCAGGAAGCCAGCGGCCAAACACUCAGCCAUUGCCAGGUCAAACUGUAGUAACUCUGCAACCAACAAAUGGUGCUAAUGAUACCACAGCAACAGACAUGCCAUCAUCUACUGAGGUGCAAACAAACCCGUCUGGUUGGGUAAACAACAACACCAACACCACCCAAGGUCAACAUGGACACCCAGGCCAAGAUGGUACAGCUGCUACAAUUCCUUCAGGAACCCAGCGGCCAAACACUCAGCCAUUGCCAGGUCAAACUGUAGUAACUCUGCAACCAACAAAUGGUGCUAAUGAUACCACAGCAACAGACAUGCCAUCAUCUACUGAGGUGCAAACAAACCCGUCUGGUUGGGUAAACAACAACACCAACACCACCCAAGGUCAACAUGGACACCCAGGCCAAGAUGGUACAGCUGCUACAAUUCCUUCAGGAACCCAGCGGCCAAACACUCAGCCAUUGCCAGGUCAAACUGUAGUAACUCUGCAACCAACAAAUGGUGCUAAUGAUACCACAGCAACAGACAUGCCAUCAUCUACUGAGGUGCAAACAAACCCGUCUGGUUGGGUAAACAACAACACCAACACCACCCAAGGUCAACAUGGACACCCAGGCCAAGAUGGUACAGCUGCUACAAUUCCUUCAGGAACCCAGCGGCCAAACACUCAGCCAUUGCCAGGUCAAACUGUAGUAACUCUGCAACCAACAAAUGGUGCUAAUGAUACCACAGCAACAGACAUGCCAUCAUCUACUGAGGUGCAAACAAACCCGUCUGGUUGGGUAAACAACAACACCAACACCACCCAAGGUCAACAUGGACACCCAGGCCAAGAUGGUACAGCUGCUACAAUUCCUUCAGGAACCCAGCGGCCAAACACUCAGCCAUUGCCAGGUCAAACUGUAGUAACUCUGCAACCAACAAAUGGUGCUAAUGAUACCACAGCAACAGACAUGCCAUCAUCUACUGAGGUGCAAACAAACCCGUCUGGUUGGGUAAACAACAACACCAACACCACCCAAGGUCAACAUGGACACCCAGGCCAAGAUGGUACAGCUGCUACAAUUCCUUCAGGAACCCAGCGGCCAAACACUCAGCCAUUGCCAGGUCAAACUGUAGUAACUCUGCAACCAACAAAUGGUGCUAAUGAUACCACAGCAACAGACAUGCCAUCAUCUACUGAGGUGCAAACAAACCCGUCUGGUUGGGUAAACAACAACACCAACACCACCCAAGGUCAACAUGGACACCCAGGCCAAGAUGGUACAGCUGCUACAAUUCCUUCAGGAACCCAGCGGCCAAACACUCAGCCAUUGCCAGGUCAAACUGUAGUAACUCUGCAACCAACAAAUGGUGCUAAUGAUACCACAGCAACAGACAUGCCAUCAUCUACUGAGGUGCAAACAAACCCGUCUGGUUGGGUAAACAACAACACCAACACCACCCAAGGUCAACAUGGACACCCAGGCCAAGAUGGUACAGCUGCUACAAUUCCUUCAGGAACCCAGCGGCCAAACACUCAGCCAUUGCCAGGUCAAACUGUAGUAACUCUGCAACCAACAAAUGGUGCUAAUGAUACCACAGCAACAGACAUGCCAUCAUCUACUGAGGUGCAAACAAACCCGUCUGGUUGGGUAAACAACAACACCAACACCACCCAAGGUCAACAUGGACACCCAGGCCAAGAUGGUACAGCUGCUACAAUUCCUUCAGGAACCCAGCGGCCAAACACUCAGCCAUUGCCAGGUCAAACUGUAGUAACUCUGCAACCAACAAAUGGUGCUAAUGAUACCACAGCAACAGACAUGCCAUCAUCUACUGAGGUGCAAACAAACCCGUCUGGUUGGGUAAACAACAACACCAACACCACCCAAGGUCAACAUGGACACCCAGGCCAAGAUGGUACAGCUGCUACAAUUCCUUCAGGAACCCAGCGGCCAAACACUCAGCCAUUGCCAGGUCAAACUGUAGUAACUCUGCAACCAACAAAUGGUGCUAAUGAUACCACAGCAACAGACAUGCCAUCAUCUACUGAGGUGCAAACAAACCCGUCUGGUUGGGUAAACAACAACACCAACACCACCCAAGGUCAACAUGGACACCCAGGCCAAGAUGGUACAGCUGCUACAAUUCCUUCAGGAACCCAGCGGCCAAACACUCAGCCAUUGCCAGGUCAAACUGUAGUAACUCUGCAACCAACAAAUGGUGCUAAUGAUACCACAGCAACAGACAUGCCAUCAUCUACUGAGGUGCAAACAAACCCGUCUGGUUGGGUAAACAACAACACCAACACCACCCAAGGUCAACAUGGACACCCAGGCCAAGAUGGUACAGCUGCUACAAUUCCUUCAGGAACCCAGCGGCCAAACACUCAGCCAUUGCCAGGUCAAACUGUAGUAACUCUGCAACCAACAAAUGGUGCUAAUGAUACCACAGCAACAGACAUGCCAUCAUCUACUGAGGUGCAAACAAACCCGUCUGGUUGGGUAAACAACAACACCAACACCACCCAAGGUCAACAUGGACACCCAGGCCAAGAUGGUACAGCUGCUACAAAUCCUUCAGGAACCCAGCAGCCAAACACUCAGCCAUUGCCAGUUCAAACUGGUGUAACUCUGCAACCAACAAAUGGUGCUAAUGAUACCACAGCAACAGACAUGCCAUCAUCUACUGAGGUGCAAACAAACCCGUCUGGUUGGGUAAACAACAACACCAACACCACCCAAGGUCAACAUGGACACCCAGGCCAAGAUGGUACAGGUGCUGCAACUCCUUCAGGAAUCUCCACCCAGGUGCCAAACACACAGGCAUUGACAAAUCCAACUGGUGUAGCUACGUACUCAACUAAUGGAAAUGGUGCUAGUGGUACCACAGCACCAGACGUGCCAUCAUCUACUGGUCUGCAAACAAACCCGUCCAAUUCAGUAACCACCAGUCAAGGAUGGGGCCCAGGUAUCCCCAGAAAAAUAGUGCCAAACACUCCUACUUAUAACUGUCUUGACCCAGGUUGUACGGAAGUAAAACUUGGCAACAAAAAUAGAACUUUCGAAUGCUUCGGUGGAAAAUCCUGCAAUGAAUGGCGAAAGACACCCAAGUUUGAUUUUGACGUAGACCUAGAUCUCGACAAUCAGAGCAUGACUAUUGGAUACGGAGUCACAUCAGCCCCGCUUCCUAGUGACGGCAGCCGUACCUGUGCUCAGCUUGGAAAUGGAAUGCCACAUUUAGUUUUCGAUACGUCAUGUGGAUUGGGCAGCGCCACGGAUAAAGUUAAUAUUUAUCCCUCAGAGUUCGUGAGGCAUACGGGGAAGCUUUGCAAACUGAAAAUAGACCAAAAGAUUCUGCAAAAAAUACUGGAUAAGAAUCUUUGCACGCGCAAAGACAAUUGCCUUCUGAUCUGUUCUAAAAGCUACGCACUAAAGUAUACGGAGUUUGGCAAAUUCAAAACUACCAGUGGUACUACUGUUGAGGAAACCAUAGUAAAGGAGGUUAAUAUCACUGACAUCCAGCCAACCAGUUUCCGUGUUUCUGGAUCUAGACCAGGCCCAACGGCUACAACUAACAACACUAAAUUAGGCAGCGGGCCUGGUGGAGCUAGUGAGAAGGCUGGCCCAAGUAUUGGCGUUAUCGUCGCUCUACUUGGUGUGGCUGGCACCAUGCUCAUUGCUGUAGCUGGAUUUGUUUACUUGCGCACACGUGGAGCAUUGCCAAUUCAGGAAGAAAAUGUCCGCAAACAUGUUAACUGGCUUGUAUCAGAGGACAAGGCAGGAUUAGUGCGGCAACAAAGUAAAUCUGGAUCUAGCCACUUGUCUUCCUUCAAGGAAGAUGAUUUUACUUUCAACCUGCAGCAAAGAAACGAUGAUUAUGACCCUCCUUCCACUUUUGCAGAAGUUGACACCUUUAUGAAAGAUGAUCAUCCGGAAACUGAAAUGAUGGACGAAACGUGGCGCUCCACUGCAUACCUCAAAGACUCCAUGAGCAUUUGGAGUGCUGAUGAGGGUAGUGUUGUGGAAGAGGCUGAAUCACACGUACUUGCCGACAACUCGGCUAACAAAGCACCCGCUAACAGUAUGCCAGUCUGGAUUUCACAAGGUGAAGAAGAAGAACACGAAAAGACCAGCUCAACUGACAAGACUGGCGCAGCAAUGCGGAGCAGCUUUGUCAGGACAGAUAGCAGAGCAGCUGUCAGCUCCCCAACCUCUACCGUGCCUAAGUCUGGCACCACUGUAUUGGACAUGACAGUACAGCGACAGCAAUCAGUCCGCCAACAGCGGCCUACUGUCUUCGGUGACCAGCAACAGCUGCAAUAUCAAUAUUCUGUUCCAAACAUAGCAAAUAUACCGCAACAGGCCAUUAUCUCACAACAACAACAACAACAACAACAACAACAACAACAACAACAACAACAACAACACCAACAACAGCAAGGACGUUCAUACUCGACUCUUCACCAGCAGAGCAACAUCUCCGAUUCAUACUCCACUCUUCAACAAGCCAGUGGUCAACAACAAGCCAAUGUCUCUAAUGCUCAACGGCAACAAAAUUUAUAUGCCAUUCUUCAAGAACAGGCCAAUGUCUCCAAUGCUCAUCCACAACAGGCCAAUGUCUCUAAUGUUCAACAACAACAACAACAUUCAUAUUCCACUGUUCAACAAGCCACUGGUCAACAACAGGCCAAUGUCUCCGAUGUUCAACAACAACAACUACAACAACUACAACAACAACAACAACAGCAAGGACAUUCAUACUCGACUCUUCAACAGCAGAGCAACGUCUCCGGUUCAUACUCCACUGUUCAACAAGCCACUGGCCAACAACAAACCAAUGUCUCCAAUGUUCAACAACAACAACAUUCACACUCCACUCUUCAGCAAGCCACUGGUCAACAACCGGCUAGCGUCUCCAAUGUUCAACAACAACAUCUUUACUCUGCUGAAACUGUUGACCAACAGGUCGAUGUCUUGACCAGUCAACAACAACAACAACAACAACAACAGCAAGGAAAUUCAUACUCGACUCUUCAACAGCAGAGCAACGUCUCCGGUUCAUACUCCACUCUUCAACAAGCCACUAGUCAACAACAAACCAAUGUCUCCAAUGCUCAACAACAACAACAUUCACACUCCACUCUUCAGAAAGCCACUGGUCAACAACAGGCUAGCGUCUACAAUGUUCAACAACAACAUCUUUACUCUGCUGAAACUGUUGACCAACAGGUCGAUGUCUUGACCAGUCAACAACAACAACAACAACAACAACAACAACAACAACAACAGCAGCAAGGAAAUUCAUACUCGACUCUUCAACAGCAGAGCAACGUCUCCGGUUCAUACUCCACUGUUCAACAAGCCACUGGCCAACAACAAACCAAUGUCUCCAAUGCUCAACCACAACAACAUUCACACUCCACUCUUCAGCAAGCCACUGGUCAACAACAGGCCAGCGUCUCCAAUGUUCAACAACAACAUCUUUACUCUGCUGAAACUGUUGACCAGCAGGUCGAUGUCUUGACCAGUCAACAGCAGCAGCAGCAGCAAUAUUCCACUGUUAGACAAGCCGUUGACCAACAGCAGGCAGUCGUUUCCGAUGGUUCACAAUACCAACAAACGUACUCCGCCCCUAAACAAGCUUCUGCCCAAGUACAUGCAAUUGUGUCCAAUGAUCAGCAAGAACAACAUCACCAAUACUCUGUACCAAAGAGAGCAGGGGACCAACAGAUGCUUGUCUCCAAUAGUCGACAACAGCAGCCGCGCCAGCAGCUGCAGCAGCAGCGUCCGUCUACCUUCUCAAGUCAUCAGCAAGAACAGCAAGAGUUUUCUUCCACAAAUGGCGACAACUAUACACUAAUGCAUCCGUCACACUCGACAUUCACCGAAAACGUUGGACUUGCACAAGCGGGUGCUCGUAGCAACAACAUGUUGUCAACUCCAUCCAGCACAAGCAUCCGGACCGAGGCCGAGGGAGCAUCGAAUCCACUCAACGCCAGCACAUCAUUUGUCAGCGUGCACAGCAUGACCAGCACUCAAUCCUUCUUUGCUGACGACGACAACACGGAGCAGAAUGUCGGCUCAGCUGUCCACUACGAACGUGCACCCAUCCAGAGUACACGCAACUUCCAAACUGAAGAGCCGGAACCAAUCUCACCCAGCGAUAGUAUUGACUUUGGCGAAGCUGACUUUGUCGAUGUAGAGGCUGAGAUUGCCAAGGCCGUGGCAAGCAGCAGACUGGCUUCUGAAAGUAUGCGAGCAUCGCAGAGAACCGUCUCCAAGAAUCGAACCACAAAGACAGCUAACGUCACCGAGCUCGGAGACAAGGAGUAUGAGCCUCUAACACCGUAUCAGAUGGCAGCGGCUGCAUCGUCUGCCACCAAUACAUCCACUCGCCGCUCAAAGGCCCUGCGCAACAAGAGCAUUGAUGGACUCAUCUAAGACUAGUGACGAUAUCUUCUCAGAGAGAACUCAUUCCUGUUUCAACCAUUUAUCCACUGAUUAAAGUAUUUGCGUUUUUUCCUAGUUUCGUCUUUUUCCUUCAAUAUUAUGUAGGCAGGUAGUAUAUUUCUUCCAGAGGAGUAUCUAAAUCUCAAUUCAGCCCAAAUUGAUUUGGUUGUCUAAGACUUGAAUAUGAGUAGGUCGAACAUCACUGUGCGGCACUGUGCUGGCAUCAUGACACCGCCACCAGUGUACUUGGUACAUUAGUGCACCUUGUACACCCGUCACUGAAAAUCAUGUACCUAAUAUUACGCGAAACUACACUCUACUCCCACUGGCACAUUGAUUUCUACUCGUUCUUGCUUCUCUCUCCCUCUCUCUCCCUCCCUCCCUCUCUCUCUCUCUCUCUCUUUCCAUCUAUCCCUUUCUUUCUUUUUUCUCUCCUUCUUACUACAAGAUAUCUUGAGCUGCACUGGCUGCAUUUACGCACCAUCUUGCUGUAUUGUUUACAGGACAAAAGAAUAAAAAAUAAUUUCACGGUUCGCGCGAGACUCGGCUGGAAGCCGAGUUUUCCGCAUCCGCCAGGACAAGAUGGUAGUAAACCCGUACCCGUGUAUUAGUUUCAUUGGUUCUCUUCUAGCUUUGAUGUAUUUAUGUAGAAUUGUGCCUUCUCCUAUCACAGUAUGAAUGAACAGUAUCCACUCUCCUUGA